UGUCCCUAACAUAACAUCUACAAAAGCUUACACACAAAAAAGAAUCCAAAAAGCAAUCAAACAAGAAAAUGCCUGUCUCCAUCUCAAAGAGGCGACCAAGAACAUCCAAAAAAACCGAUACCGAAAAAUCCGAGAAAACACUUAAAGAUUCUCGUACUUGUUGUAAUAACAUUUGUUCGAUCUUCUCCAGAUCAAUUCUCUAUCGUGUACCUCUCACGAUUAUCUUUCUCUUCUUAAUUUAUCUUUGGUCCACUUCCACGACCGCUAUCUCCGGUCAUGUCGUUCAUAUAUGCAUCUCUUCGCGGAAGCUCAAUGAUCUUUAUUGUCUCACUGCCGGUACUCAGCCCGCUUUACGUGUACCAGUCAACAAUUUCACUAAACCGGUUAGUGAAGAUGUUGUAAGAAGUAGAGAAGAGAAGAAUGUUGUAGUUCUUGGUAAAGAUGGAGACAAGGGUUUCGCAAAAAAUGAAACAUUCGUCGGAGAAAGAGAUUCAGACAAAUCUACAGUCGGAACAAGCCUCAACGUCAUAAAGAAUGACACUUCCACCGGAGAAACCUUCGCAGAAAGAGUUUUCGUUCUUGAUCAAGAUUCUAAACCCAUCCAUGAGGAGAAUCUUGAUUCCGUUCUUGAUCAAGAUUCUAACCCCAAAAACGAGAUUGAUACCGAUGUCUUUGUUGAUUUGGAUGCAGAAACCGGAGAAGAACGAUACCGAUAUUUCAAAUCUAAGGACGAAAGCGAGGAGACUGCUCUAAAAGCCGUGGACAAGUAUCUUCAAAUACAAAGAUCUUGGUUAUCGAUGGGAAGCAACCGCGGAAAGCCGGGAUCUUGCGAAGGAAAAGGGGUUUAUGUUUACGAUUUACCGUCUAAAUUCAACAAAGAUUUGUUGGGGGAGUGCUCCGAUAUGGUUCCAUGGGCCAAUUUUUGCAGCUACUUCAAGAACGAUGCGUUUGGUGAAUUGAUUGAGAAUCUCGGUAUAGGCUGGUUCAGAACGCAUCAAUACGCUCUUGAGCCAAUCUUUCACUCUAGAGUUUUGAAGCAUCCAUGUAGGGUUCAUGAUGAGACCCAAGCAAAGCUCUUCUAUGUGCCUUUCUAUGGUGGUCUAGAUGUUUUGAGAUGGCAUUUCAAGAACGUUUCUGAGGAUGUGAAGGAUGUUUUGGCGAUCGAGGUCGUUAAAUGGCUUGGAUCGAAAAAAUCAUGGAGGAAAAACGCCGGGAAAGAUCAUGUUUUUGUUCUCGGAAAGAUCUCUUGGGAUUUUAGGAGGAACAAUAAGUUUUCGUGGGGCUCAAGUUUACUUGAGAUGCAAGAAAUGAAAAACCCUACAAAACUCCUCAUUGAACGUAAUCCAUGGGAUGUCAACGACAUCGCGAUACCUCAUCCGACAUUCUUCCACCCGAAAACGGACAACGAUAUCGCCAUCUGGCAAAACAAGAUUAUCGGAAAACAACGUCAGAGCUUAAUUAGCUUCGCCGGUGGAGCAAGACCUGGCAAGCCUGAUAGCAUCCGAUCAACAUUGAUUGACCAAUGCAAAUCAUCUCCAAACCAAUGCCGGUUUUUGAAUUGUACCGACGGAGGCUGCGAUAAACCAGAAACAGUUAUCGAGCUUUUCCGGGAUUCGGAAUUCUGCCUCCAACCGCCUGGAGACAGUCCGACAAGGAAAUCGAUAUUCGAUUCCCUCAUAUCGGGUUGUAUCCCGGUGAUCUUUGAUCCGUACAGCGCGUAUUAUCAGUACACGUGGCAUUUACCGGAGGAUCACCGGAGCUAUUCAGUUUAUAUAAACAAAGAAGAUGUGAAGGCAAAGAAAGUGAAUGUGAUUGAGAAGUUGAUGUCAAAGACUCUAAGGGAAAGAGAGGAUAUGAGGAGUUACAUUGUUCAUGAGCUUUUGCCUGGUUUGGUCUAUGGAGAUUCUAAUGCUAAGUUUGAGAGUGAAAUGGCGACGAAGGAACCAGAAUCUGUUUACGAGAUUAGUAUCGAGGAUGCUAAGGGAAACAGCUUAGAACUCAGUCAAUACAAAGACAAAGUUCUUUUGAUUGUCAAUGUUGCUUCCAAAUGUGGGAUGACUAACUCAAACUACACCGAAUUGAAUGAGCUUUAUAGCAAGUACAAAGACAAAGGUCUAGAGAUUUUAGCAUUUCCUUGUAACCAGUUUGGUGACGAGGAACCGGGAACUAACGACCAAAUUACUGACUUUGUUUGUACUCGCUUCAAAUCUGAAUUCCCCAUUUUCAACAAGAUUGAAGUAAACGGAGAGAAUGCUUCUCCUCUGUAUAAGUUCUUAAAGAAAGGCAAAUGGGGAAUCUUCGGCGAUGACAUUCAGUGGAACUUUGCUAAGUUUCUUGUUGACAAGAACGGUCAAGCUGUAGAACGAUAUUAUCCAACUACUUCCCCUCUUACUAUUGAGCAUGACAUAAAGAAGCUUCUGAAUAUCUCCUGAAUGAUGCAGCUUUGUUGCUGAAUCGAAUUGUAUUUGAUUAUGAACCUCUCUAAUUCAAUAAAGAGCCAUGACAUUG